GGACAAAGUGAAUAAACCAUAGUGUAUCAGUGCUGUCGUGUUAAGCCGGAGUGCAUAAGUGUAGGGAGUGCUUAAAUAUGUCGAGAAGAUGUCACAGCCGGACAGGACGCUGACCCGCGGUCUGAGCAAACAUCGGAGGGCGCGCGUGUGAGUGUCAGGUGGCGAUGUCGCGGGGGACGGGGGUGCCCCCGCGCUUAUCAGGAGAUAAGGCGUCGGCUGAUAACGGCGCCGCACUCGCAAACGCAGGCGAGUCCUCACCGUGACCAGGCCGCUUGGAAGCCAGCGGCCGCCGCCCGCCAUGCUGCACUCACUGAACGCACUUGCCGGCAAGAUAUCGCCGGGCGGCGGCCUCGACUCAAACGCGAACAGGCACUCGCACCCCAACAGGAACCACAAGGCGUCGUCGCCUUCGUCGCCAUACUCCAAGACGAAUGGGAUGAACAUGAACAUAAACAACAACAACGCGAGCAUCAACAAUAACAACAACAAUGACGAAAAGUCGGAAAUGCCGGAUCCCGAUUACAUCAAGAUGUUCGUGGGGCAGGUCCCCCGCAGCAUGGAUGAGAACGACCUGCGGCAGAUGUUCGAGGAGUUCGGCCGCGUGCACCAGAUCAACGUGCUGAGGGACAAGGUCACCGGCGCCAGCAAAGGAUGCUGUUUUGUGACGUUUUUCACGCGCAAAGCGGCAUUGAAAGCGCAGGACGCUUUGCACAAUAUCAAAACGUUGAGCGGGAUGCACCAUCCUAUUCAGAUGAAGCCAGCUGAUAGUGAAAAUAGAAACGAACGCAAGCUGUUCGUGGGCAUGCUGAACAAGAAGUUGUCGGAGAACGACGUGCGUGUUCUGUUCUCGGGGCACGGCGCGAUAGAGGAGUGUACGGUGCUGCGGGACGCGCAGGGCCAGAGCAAGGGCUGUGCUUUCGUCACCUUCGUGAGCAAGCAGGCCGCGAUAGCCGCUAUCAAGGCGCUACACCACAGUCAAACGAUGGAGGGUUGUUCUGCGCCGCUCGUGGUGAAGUUCGCGGACACGCAGAAGGAGAAGGAGCAGAAGAAGAUGCAGGCGAUGCAGGCGAGCCUGUGGGGACUGACGACGCCGGUCGCGCCAGCCGCGUACCUGGCCUCGGAGGCCGCGCUCUCGCCGGCCACGCAACUGCAACUGUUGCAGCAACUGCAGGCGGUUGGGUUGCAACAGCAGCUACUGCAGAACCAAGGCUCAACGUUGUUGCAAGGUGUUAACUAUCAGGAUAUCGGUUUCAAUGGCGCAGGGCUGAGCGGCGGCGCGGUGGGUGGCGUGGGCGGGAUGGGCGGCGGGGCGGCGGAGCAGCUGGGCGGGCUGCUGGCACCAGUGUCGGUGCAGAACUUGGCAGCCCUGGCAGCCAUGACCCAGCCUGUGGUCACGCAGGCGCCCGCCGCGGCUCCCCAGAGUGCCGCGCCGCAGUUGUGUCUUCUCGGAAAGACUAAUAUAACAGGGUCUACGGCGGAGCAGCUAGGCUCGGCGUACGCGACGCAGUUCGGCACGGCGUUCGCGGCCGCGCCGCUCGGUUCGGUGCUCGGCUCGGCGGCCGCUGCGGCGGCGGGGAAACAGGUUGAAGGUCCCGAGGGCGGGAACCUGUUCAUCUACCACCUGCCGCAGGAGUUCACGGACACGGACCUGGCGUCCACGUUCCUGCCGUUCGGCCACGUCAUCUCCGCCAAGGUGUUCAUAGACAAGCAGACCAACCUGUCAAAGUGUUUCGGUUUCGUCUCCUACGACAACGCCGCCUCCGCGCAGGCCGCCAUACAAGCCAUGAACGGCUUUCAGAUAGGUACAAAGAGACUCAAAGUUCAAUUGAAACGUUCCAGGGAACUGUCCCGGCCGUACUAGUGACGGGCUACGUUGUUGUGAUGUUCGGUGCACUCGUACUGAAUAGUUCGUAAGAGAUGCGAGUCCACGUGCACAGUUGUUAUAUAAGUUUAAGGCUAAGGUUUGUGUCAAAGGAUUUAACGUUUCCAAAGUAUUCCCCAAAAUCGUUGUUUUUUUUUUAUUUUAGGCGCUUCUGAGCGCUUUUGAAUUUCGAACGCCAAAGAGCAAGUUUUGAAGUGUCAUAUUAUGAUUUAAGGCGACUCCCGACGUUCGAAGUGUCGAACUACCUUUACUUAUGUAAAUUGUAAGCUAGAGUCGCAGUGAAAUAGUAUUUUGUAUACAGUGUUAGAAAUUUUUCGUUACCAAAAAUGUGGCCAUUACGAACAGUAAUUGUUGUGAUGUAAAUUAGUUUACGAUCUCAAUGUGUCAGUCAACAUUGUCAGUGUAAUUGUUUUUGCUGUCGUAACAAAUGUACUUAAUAGGUAUAACGUAAUAUUUUUCUGCGUGAAGUUUCUGGUGCACUUUACCAAAUAUUUAAAACCUACUUCAUUAGUAUAUAAUUUUAAAUAUACUUACCUAUAGGUAAACAUUCAAAGAUGGUAAAUUUUCGUUUGUAUAUGUAUGAAAUGACGAAUGUCUUUUGUAGUUUGUGCUUUUGUUGGAACAUCGAACAUUGACCGUAGUCAAAAUCUUUUGUUAGAUUUAAGUAUUUAAAAUGUAGAUUAAGUUUUUUCGUAAGUAUCUACGACAUUCAACUUCGUAUGUCAACGUUUACUAUGUCAUGUGUCACUCCUUUGUUAAGUAUAUUAAAUUGUUGUUUUCUUUAAGAUUUAUUAUAGCUUCAUUCUGAGUAUCUUUAUUGCAUAAAGAGUAACAAAUAUUUACUUAUAGUUAUAAUUAAGUAUUACUUAAUCGAUUAAUUAAUUUUUCGAAGCUUAUAUUAUUAGGUAAUGAACUGUUGACAAACAUAGCUCAAGAGGGGUAUAGUUAACUUUAAAUUCCUACUAGUGUACGUCAUCACUUAACCCAUUUAAAUGUUUAUUUCCUUUGUCUUUCAUCGUUUAUUAAUUAGAUAAAGAACUGAUAGAUACAACGUUCGUAACUUAUAAAUUUAGUUGUGUAUUAAGUUUUAUUUAUUACAAAUCUAUUGUAGAGUACACAAAAUAUUAGUUAAUUUUAUCGUUUUUGAAGUGAAAUCAACAAAAGUUAUGAACAUAUUACUGUUUUUUUUAAUUUUUUCCCUAAAUUGCAGUUGGAAAUUUUGGAUAAUGAAACAAAUUUUUAUUAUAUUUAGUUUGUAAGUAUAUAAAUAAAUUAUCUGUAAACGGGGAUGUUUAUUUACAAUGUACUGUUUUCGUGUAUCAGUGUAUAGCCAGUGCUACUUUAGUUUAAUAAUGGAAAUUGUUAAACCUUGAAGUAGCACUCUAAUGUACUAAAAAGUAUUGUGGCAAAAUGGCAAAAGAACUUCGCCUUAACUGAUCUAUUAAAUCUUUAAUAAUCUGGGGGGGGACACGGCAGUGCCCCAGCCGAGUCUAAAUUCUUAUAGACACUAAUAAAACUCCUGUAUUCAUUUGAAUUUUGAAAUUGUGAGUAUAAAUCCUGGACACGAUCGAUUUAAGCUGUCUGUUUAUAUGUGUGAUGUAGAUAAAUAAAGAAAUUUAAUAUAAGAUAUUUUAUCUUACAAUUUUAUUUUUCAUUAACUUGAAUGAGACAUCGUUGUUGUAACUGUUUAUUUAAUAAAGUAAGUGCUAGUAAAUGAACUCACCGCGUAGAUCAAACUGAGAAUUUCACCAACUUCAGGCUGAGCUCUUAGAUCAUGAAAAUAUUGAGAUGGCCUUUGUAGAGUUCGAUUUUUUUCUCUAUAACACUAAAUAGGAAGCUAUAUUGGCCAUAGAAAGCGGCUGCUUUAUUUCUUGUUCACCAUCUAUGCCGUUUUAAAAUAGAGGUAACUCUCUAUUAUUAUAUUUUCAUGAUCUAAUAAAGUCCUCGCCAUUUACUCUUUAAUUUUUCGCUAUUGGAUGUAUGUAAUUUAGCUUUUGCAUAGAAACAGUAAACUAGUUUUUACACCGACGUAGUGACGACGUUUACCUACAUGAAGGACAAAUAUUUUUAUAUGGACGAAAUCGUUUAAUAAUAAAGUGAUCGCUGUUGACUCUCAUAUUAAACGAAUCCUGAUUUAGGAUGUUAGAUACCGUAAAAAGUUUGGACUACUUAAUUUUUAAAUGUUACUGAUCGGCGUUGAAUAAGAUCGCUAGAUUGUUUAAAUUGGUUUGACAAUGUGAUUAAAAAGCAUGUUAAAAUAAAAAGUUGAGCGGUGUUGUGGACUACGCCGUAGUUGUCGCGGCCCACGAGCGUGUCGCUACGUCGUUUUUGACGCAAGGACUACGGCGUAGUUGCUCGCACGUCCUGCGCUACGCCUGGCUACGACGCAUAGUUAGAAGCGAGGACUACGGCGUAGUUGCCCGCACGGUCCGUGCUACGCCUGGCUACGACGCAAGGACUACGGCGUAGUUUGGCAUACGGCCUUUGCUACGUCUGGCUACGUUGCGUCGUUUUAACUUCGGCGUAGUUCUAACAUUGCAUUAACUGGCGUAGCGUUAAGCUGCAUUGAUAAUAUUAUAAAAAAAUUGCUGGAUCAUCCAAGAUUAGAGUUAUCCAAGAAAAAUUGUGAUCGGUACUUUUUAACCUAAGUAAACAAAUAAAAAGGAUUCAAUCUGAAAUUGUUACUUUGGCUACUAACCACAUUGUCACUAGAACCACUAUUGUUUUCUACUUGAAUGAAAUGUUAGAGUCACGAUUUCUACAUUCGAAGUCACAAAUUGAGUGAUAAGUUUUAGUUGAGCCAAAGAAUGGAUGAAAUUACUCAAUUUUUCGACUUCCUCAGUAUAAAAAACAAAUUACAGAAAUUAUUUUCACGCAAAUCGAGGCACCGUAUUGAGUAGAUAUUAAAUGGGUAAAAUAAUUAUUGUAAAACUGUUUUAUACAACACCCGUUUUGUUGAUAUAAAUGUAAAUAAAUGUCAAGUUAAA